AGGUCUGGCUGGGCUUGGCAGCGAUGGUAACAUGUUGUUCUACGCCAUCCUUGGUUCAGCUGGCAUGACCUGCAUCACCAUCCUACUGGCGUUCUGUAUCGUCCUGCAGCUGAAGAGAGCCACCUUCCAGCGUCGUAUGGUCCAGGCCUUCCAGAAUAUAGUGAGAGAGGAGCCAGUGGUCCAGUUCAGUUCUGGCUCUCUCAACCUGCCCAGUAGGAAACAUAAGAACCCAGAGCAGUCCGUGGCCUACCCCACCCUGGACUGGAGCGACAUCAAGUUCCAGGACGUCAUCGGAGAGGGAAACUUUGGCCAGGUGCUCAAAGCUCGCAUUAAAAAGGACGGGCUGAGGAUGGACGCUGCUAUUAAACGCAUGAAAGAGUAUGCUCUAAAGAUGACCACAGGGAUUUUGCAGGGGAGCUGGAGGUGCUGUGUAAACUAGGACACCACCCCAACAUACAUCAAC